AUGUCAAAAUCUCGUCCACAUUCAAUUCAUUGCCCACAGCAACAACAGGUCCAAGAACAUGAGGACAGGUCUGCUAAGCAGGUCAAAAGCACUAUUCCUUCAAGAGAGAAGGAGGAAAUUCUUCAGAGGAAAAGUCUAGUUACAGCACAACUGAAAGAUGCAAGUACCUCACCUCUUAGCAUUUCUACUCAAAAAAGAAUCAAUAAUGGGAGCAAAGUAUCCAAACCUGUUACAGGUGGUCGACGUCUGGGGAAAAUGUCAAAGCAAAAAUUCCAGGAUUUACAAAGACAGAUUGUCAUUUUGAGGAGCUGCCGUUCUUCAGCAUUUAAAUCAAUUGGUGAACUCAAAGAGACUGUGCAGCAAUUACAAGCAGAUUUAACACUGGCUAAUCAAAAACUGAAGUCUGUCAGACAACAUUCCCAGAAGCUUCAGGAAGACUUUAACAAACUGCAAGAAGAAAAGUCAGCAUUUUCUGAGAAAAAGGAAAUGGAAAUUCUGAAAGCAGAAGAAAAAAACAUGACAUCAGAACUGCAAAAACAAAUAUCAGAAUUACAACAGAAUAAAAAAGAUUUGGAAGCGCGACUGAAGGCCUCGUCAAGUGAAGUGAGUAGACAGGUCACUGCAAACAAAUCUCUUCGAACUGACAAUGAAAAUUUCUUGGCUCAGGUGAAAACCCUAACAAACAGGGUGAGCUGGCUUGAACGAGAUAUCAGCCAAAAGCGGCAUUUGAUUGAAGAACAGAAAACAAAGAUAAAACAUAUGGAAGAUAAUGCCAAGUCCAUCACUGACACAGUUGAAAGCCUAAGUCAAGCCUUGAAGCAAGGAACAGAUAGUCACGAGAAGCGCAGAGUACAGGUGGAUUCUUUGAAACAACAACUGUCAGCUUCUGCACGAGAAAAGGAAAAUUAUGAAUGGAAAUGCAAGCAACUUUCUCAAGGUUUGGAAAAAAAGUGCAGACAAUAUGAGGAAAGCCUCAAUAAACAACAUCGGUUGAAAUUGGCUGUAACAGAAAUGGAGAGAACUGCCCAAGAUCAUAUCUUCAGUCUGGCUUCAGAGAGUGAAGCUGCAAUUUCUGUGAGUCAGGAAAAACUUAUUGAAGCCCAUAACAAGAUGGAACAGUUCCAUCGAUUCAUUAAGACUUUGAGCCAUGAGUUAGUGUUGCGAACUGACCAGACAAGAGCCAUGGUGAAGAGGACUGAAAUAAAAAAGCUUCGACAGGAAAUGCCCUCUCCUCUUAGCUUGCAAAAGGCCAAGACGCUAGCCAAAGACAUAUUGAACAUAAAUGAUGCAGAAAUGGAAGACAUCAUGAAAGCUGACUCUGCCAGUGCCAAACUGGAACAGGAUAUUGCAAAAGAGCGAGAAAAAGAUAAAAAAUGGCUGUCAUUGUGUGAACAUACAAUGAACUCUCGAGAUAAUUUUGUAAUUCCACUCAUUGACCUUUUUCUUCAGAAGUUGGAAGAAAAGGAUCAUCUCCUCAGCAAACUCAAUGAAACAUUAAAAUAA